AUGCCUAUCAAAGAACUCUCAGACCCUAACAAAAUGUACAACAAACCAUUCCAUUGGAGGAAUGUCUCCGGCGAGCUUGACGUUUUCGAGGCGACCCGAUAUUUUUCCGGUGGUGGUGCUGAUGAGGUUCCGGGCAGUGGCGCAACCUUGACACAAAAGGUGACCGUCCCGAAAACUGCUCGAAAGAGCCUAGACAUGCCUACCACAAGAACUUUAAUUCCAUCACAAAUUUAUGUUAUGGAAAAGAAAAUCUUGAAAGAGAAGAAAAACAAGCAGGCUAGUUCUCCAGGUGGUAGACUUGCACACUUCUUGAAUUCCCUAUUCAAACAGGCUUCAUUAAAGAAGAAUAAAUCGAAAACCGGAGCGAAAACGACAAAGGAUGAAGAAGAAAGCCCUGGUGGAAGAAGGAAAAGAAGAAGCAGCAUUAGCCAUUUUAGAAUAGCAAGCAGUACUACAGAUUCUAAGUCCUUUUAUUCAUCCAUAAGUUCAGGUUUUAGAACACCUCCUCCUCAUGCAAAUACUCCUACUAAAUCUUAUAAAGAUGUCCGAAACUUUUCAGAUUCUAAGAAAACUAUUUCUGUGCAAAAAUUCAAUGAAAAUGUCAAAAGAGAUUAUUCUUCUUCAUGGCUGGAUGAGAAAUUAAAGUUCAACAACGGAUAUCCUGAGAAAAACUGGCCUGAUAAGUAUCCAUCAGAAGAAAACGAAUUCAGAAAAUUCAGUGAUGUUGAUGAUGGAGCAGAUAGUGAUUCUAGUUCGGACCUGUUUGAUUUACCAAAUCAUGAGUUGGAAUUUUACUCAAGUGAUCUACCUGUUUAUGAAACCACCCAUAUUGACAGCAUCAAGAGAGCUGCACCAUUUUCUAGCACUGGCAAAGUAUAA